AUGAAAGACAUCUCUCUCAAGAUUCAGCCUCUGUGUCACCUUCGAUUGAAUCUCAAAGCAGCUUGGGUUAAUGAACUCUCUCUCAGGUGGAAGUCAUCUGAGGAAGCUGAGGGAUUCUAUACGGAGAUGAGGGAGAUGGGCGUGGAACCUGAUAUCGCGUAUAAGGUGGUAGAGCAAAUGCGUGAUGAGAAUAUAUCACCUGCUGUGUUCACCUAUACCAGUAUCAUUGGGGGAUUGGGGUUGGUUGGUCAGCCCAAUAAAGCCAGAGAUGUAUUGAAGGAAAUGAACGAGUGUGGAUGCUACCCAGAUGUUGCAGCAUACAAUGCUGCCAUUAGGAAUUUUUGCAUUGCAAAGAGGCUUGGUUAUGCUUAUGGGUUGAUGGAUACAAUGAUGAGUAAGGGGUGCCUUCCAAAUACGCAGUCUUGUAUGUUCCUGAUCAGGUUGUUUAGGAGGCAAGAAAAGGCGGCUAUGGCAUUACAGCUGUGGAAUGAUAUGGUAGAGAAGGGUUUCGGUUCUUAUAUAUUGGUAUCUGAUGUGCUGUUUGAUUUGCUUUGUGAUUUGGGAAAACUAAUGGAAGCAGAAAGAAUGAUCAAGGUUCUUAUGGAACUGGCAAACAAACAUGAGGCCCUGAAGAACUUGACGGAGAAAAUGGCAGUUUUUGGCACAUCAAUCCAUCUUCUGGAGAGUACAAAGAGCUCAACAGAGACAUCACACUCAGAAUCACUUCUAAUAUAA